GCCGAGCGGUCUAAGGCGCCAGACUAAGGUCUUCAUCUGGCUCGACAAUCUGGUCCGAAAGGGCGUGGGUUCGAAUCCCACUCUCGUCAAACUUUUCUCCUAUGGCUCGAGGUUACUUUCGUGCUGAUCGAGACGAUCGUCGAUCACGCUUCCGCUUUUUUAGCUUUCCUCCUUAUUGACCUUGCACAUGGACAUUUCUGCCAUUUGGCUCCUCAUUUCACAUAAUGCAUGAUAGGGUGUCUCAAUGGCAUUCAAUUCGACCAUGGAAACCUACGCUGUCACUGUCUGUUCGCGAAAUAACGUCUGUCUCAGCAACGUUCAUUCUAUCGUCUCCUUUGGCAGCUUCAGAUGUGACAACAAUAGAUGCUCUUCAUGGAGAUACCGCUCCUGAUGACCACAAUGAGUUUGCACCUAAUGGAUCUGUCCCGGAGGGCAACCGACCAACACAAAUCAUCUCAGAGGUCUUGUCAAAAGGUCUCAGUAUCAAAGUUAAUGGAACGCCUUGGCAGAGAGUUUUGAUGAAGAUCGACGACGCAACCGACGAGGCUGUUAUCAUCCUCUUUGGUCUAAUGCCAUCUAGGCAGUACGAUAUUGAGCUUGGCGUCGUUCCAGGCGAAAGUACCCUCCGAGGACAAUUCACUACUGACUCACCUCAACCUGGUAUUGAAUCUGGUAUUGGAAAGAACGUAAUACCGGGCGAUAUGCCUUCUCCAGAACCAUCAACCCAAUCUCUGUCUACUUCGUCCAAUGCCUCGCACCAUUCAGCGCCGGGCACAUCCUCUCCGUUGGCUUCAACUAAUUCUCAUGCUCCAAGUCAUGCGCCGACCCCACCUCCUACGUUCUCACUGGAGGACCGUCCAGUGCAGCUCACGCAUGCCCUCAACCUUCUAAAUGCUGAGCAUGCUACUCUGACUGCAUCGUUGAAGACUGCUCGACGUGAAGCACAAAAGGCUGAUGCUGCUCUUCGUUCUGAAAUCGACACGCUCAAACGAGCUUCGGAGAAGUACGUUCAACAGGAAACUCGGGCUAGACAGAAGGUCCUAGCAUUGCAAGAAGCCGUUCGUCAGACUGUGGCUGCGACCGAUGAGAUCAAGGCUAUGAUCAAAGAUGUUGAGGACAUGCUUCCGGAGCUCGAGCGGAGACGGAAGAAAGUGGAAGGAGAGUGGAAGGAGGUCAACAAGCAGGCGAAGUCUGUCCGGCAGAGGAGGAUAGAUGCUGAGGGAAAAGAGAAACGCAAGAUUGAGGGUCUCCAAGUUGAAAUGGCAGGUCUAGGGAACAAGAUGGAGAGGCUGCAUCUUCGACGGGAGAAGUUGGAGGGUGGGGGCAGUGUCAUCGGUGAGUUGGAGGCAAAGUUGAGGAAGCUGGAGGAACAACGGACAAGGAUUGACAACGAUCCAUUUGGUUAUGAAUACGACGAUGAACAGAUUGAUGAUACUAGAGAAAUGCUACCUAGGGAAGAUUCGGAUGGCCACAGGGACGAUUCUCCUUCGGACCACCCAUCUAAUCAGUACAGCUCUAGUCAUGCAGGUCACGGUCAUGGCAGGUCGUAUCACCAUAACCACCCUCACCAUCCUCGUAAACGACAUUCUCAUCCGGUUCACCCUAAACACCCACAACCCAUCCAACGGCCUCCACAUAACACUCGUUUUUCUCUGCCUGCAGGACCUGGUGUUAUCCACCUCAAUCCCGCUAACUCAUUUCAGCCUCCUCAUCACAAGCAGCCUCAGGUCUCCUCCUUGUCAGGACAGACACACGCGGCAUCGAAUUUGUCAAGUCGCGCACCACCAUUUGAGCCCAUAGGGAUCGUCCGACGCCAGGAACCCGCAUGUAUCAAUGAUAGCGGUAUUAAGAGCGAUGUCGAUUUUGUUGGUGGACCUGGAUUGAUUCUGGUACCGCAAAAGCAUCGUGGUGCAAAUGCUGCACCAGGGAGGAGGAAGUAGUUUCCGGACGGUUUUCAUUUUGCUUUCCGCAUCUUGUUCGUCAUGUAUCAAAUAGAUAUCACUUGUGUGUAGCAUACCAAUCCUUCCUUUUCUCGCUAUCGUAGAAUUCGAUCUAAAUAUUAGUAUCAAGUCUAUGCAGCUUCCUUGCCAGAUCUGGCCGCCCACCCAGAUCUAAACAUUCUCG